AUGUUCAGCACACGGUGGAUAUGCAGAAUACAGAUAGCUGGCGGAAUAAACCGUCUGGGAAGUUACCGGUUAGCAUCCACCGGAGGAGCUAAGAUUGGUAAGAAAUUUGAGACUAUGGAUCAAAUAAAGGCUUAUCUAUCAGAACCUGUGUGGUCUGUUCAUGAAUACUUGGGAACGAACGUAGAGGAGAAUACCCUUAGAUUGCCGCCUGUAGAGCUUGUGAAGAAGCUGCUGCGAUUAUCAGGCUUGCCCCUAGAAGGAGCGGACAUUAAAGCCAUUCAAAUGCAACUCGCCAAGCAGUUAUCAUUCGUCAACAGACUGCAUAAUAUACCUGUUGAAGAUAGAACAGGUGUGGAAGGGUAUGGCGCUCGACUGAUGCCGAGGCAAACAACAAAAUUGAACUAUAGGAUGCUACUAGACGCUGUUAAACACCAGAAGCAAGAUGCGGAUAUAGGCGAGGUUAGCGGAUCUUGGACGGCUACGGGGCUUGCUGCAGAAUCCAAGAAUGGGUAUUUUGUUGUCAGAGAAGGACUACUUAAAAACCGAAAGUGA